AUGGCCCAAGACACUAUCAAGGAUACUCCCUUGAGAGUCCUCGUCGCUGGAGGAGGAAUCAGUGGCCUCGUAGCAGCAUUGGGCCUACGACAGCAAGGUCACGAUGUGAUAGUUUUCGAGAGAACAGACCUUGCAAAGGAGUUCGGGGCCGCCAUUCACAUAGGCCCCAAUGGUCACGGGAUUCUGAAAAACCUUGGCAUUUUCCCCGAAGAGCUUGGGGCUAAUCGAUUUGAGAAAUUCGCCGACUACGAUGCCCAAGGCGGACUGAAAAACCUAAUGGAUUUAUUAUCCCUGGAUGUAUGGCCGCAUAAAUGGGUCAGUUGUCAUCGAGUUGCAUUACACGAAAAGCUCAAGGAGAAAGCCAUGGCUCCUGAGGGACCUGGCAUCCCCGUGACGUUGAAAACUGGUAGCAUUGUCGUGGAUGUCGACCCUGAAUCUGCUACUGUGGUUCUCGAAGAUGGCUCCAAAUUUACAGGAGACAUUGUGCUUGGUGCGGAUGGAGUCAGCUCCAACACACGCAAAAUCGUUGUUGGACCCGAAAUCAAGCCUUAUAGCUCAGGCAAAAGCAUGUUUCGAUUUAUGGUUCCUCGAGAGGCCAUUCAGAAAAACCCUCGAAUCGCUCACUUCGCCCAGUAUAAUGGAUGCAUGACUUCAUGGCACGGAGAAGUCUGCCGCCUCGUCAUGUACCCUUGUGUUAACAACACUCUAAUGAACUUUGGUGCCAUCCACCCAAGUUACAUGUCCCCAGCUAAAGGCGAAGGUUGGGAUCAGGAAGCGAGCAAAGAGAAGCUUCUGGAGGUUUUCGGCGCCUUUGGACCCCAGGUGAAGGAAAUGCUUGAUCUGGUCGACAGCAGCACGCUGAAGGUAUGGUCUCUACUAGAUAUGGAGCGGAUCCCUCGAUGGUACAAAGGGAGAUUGGCUCUUUUAGGCGACGCUGCACACCCGUUCAUGCCCUCUUGUGUCGCCAUGGAAGACGCAGCCUCUAUAGUCGCUCUCCUCCCCCGUGGGACCUCCAAGGAUGAUAUUCCGGAACGACUGGCUCUAUACCAAAGCAUUCGCGAUGAGAGAGCCCAUAGGAUCCAGGCAUCUACAAGAAAGUCUGGCCAAGAUCUCGGUGAAGAAGAGAAACGGCAGGUUGAUUGGAUGAACGCUUUUCAAUACAACUUUAAUCAUGAUGAGUGGCAGAAUUCUACCAAGGUCCUCCAAGAACAUCUCAGAAACCGUACCGGUCCAAGAAUUUAG